AUGUUGGCAGUUAUUAGCAUAGAUAUACCGACACGAAAGCAUCAGAAUGCUGCUGAUAACAAAAGAUCAGUCACUUACGACAUAUGGCAACUGGUCAAGCCCGACUUGCUACUGCUAAUCACAGUCGUAAUUACCGCUGUUGCCGCCGCAGUGACAAACUUGAUGACACCAAAGAUUACCGGAGAAUUGAUCAAUAUUAUAGCCAAGUCUAUCAACGAAGGAUCUCUUGUUUUGAACGAUCUCAAGGAACCUGCUAUGAAGCUGUUGGCGUUGUUCGGAAUGCAAGGAUUCCUGACGUUUCUUCAUAUCUCGCUCGUGUCUAUUCUCGGUGAGAAUAUGGCAAAGCGUCUCAAGAACCAGUUAUUCUCGGCUAUUAUCCGUCAAGAUAUUGCAUUCUUUGAUAAAUAUAGAUCAGGAGAAUUGGUCAGUAGGCUGACCACCGAUGUUCAUGAAUUCAAGCAUACAUUCAAACAGAUCAUUACUUUGGGUCUAAAAGCUGUCACUCAGACAAUUGGAUCAGCGGUUGCUCUGUUACGUAUCUCAACUUCGCUCACGUUCACUCUGUGCGCCACAAUGCCUGUUAUCUACGCAUUGCUUAACGCCUAUGGGGCGUAUUUGCGAGAACUAUCGAAAAGAUCCAGAUCUAUAGAUGCCAUUGCUUCGGGUAUUGCUGGCGAGGGUAUAUCCAAUAUCCGUACAGUACGUGCUUUUGCAGCCGAAACAAGAGAAACAGAAAUGUAUAGCAAAGUAUGUAGAGAUGUUGCUAAAGCCAACAUAUUACUAGGAUAUAAUGUGGGUCUAUUCCAAGGCAUAACCAAUUCGACAAUAGGAUGUAUGGUGCUCAUUGUCUUAUACUACGGAGGAUCACUUGUGGUGAAGAACGAAAUUAGCGGUGGAGAUCUCAUGAAUUACAUGAUUUCGGUACAAUCAACUCAAAAAUCUCUUGUAUCACUUGGAGUUCUCUUUGGUCAGACAAUCAAGGCAGCGGCUUCAGCCAACCGUGUAUUCGAGUUUAUACACACGGAGCCUACUAUUCAGCUAACGGGAGGCAUUGAGCCAGAACAUGUGAAGGGCGACCUUGAGUUUCUAAAUGUCGACUUUAGAUACCCGACACGGCCGGAUCAAGUAAUUCUCAAGAAUUUCAGUCUAAGGAUUCCGAGUGGAACCAUGGUCGCGUUAUGCGGACCAUCAGGAUCAGGAAAGCCAGUCAUGUCUGACCUAACCACUUUCAAUCAAAAGUCAACGGUUGCAGCACUGAUCGAACGCUUUUAUGACCCAGAUGCCGGUGAAAUUAUCCUCGACAGCGUACCACUAUCAUCACUCGAUCCCAGCUGGCUGAGACGUCACAUUGGUUAUAUCAAUCAAGAACCUGUCUUAUUUGCCACUACGAUCUAUGAAAACAUUCGCUAUGGGAAACCAGACGCCACUAGAAAAGAGGUUGAGGAAGCGGCCCGAAAGGCCAAUGCGGCCGAUUUCAUUGAGGGAUUUCCAGCCGGGUACGAGACUGUACUUGGCGAACGGGGAGUUACUUUAUCUGGAGGUCAACGACAAAGGAUCGCAAUUGCACGUGCUAUUCUAAAAGACCCCAAGAUAUUGAUACUGGAUGAGGCGACGAGCGCGUUAGAUCAAUCAGAAAAGUUGGUACAAGAGGCUCUUGAUAAACUCAUGAAAGGUCGAACUGUCGUUGUCAUAGCACACCGGCUAUCUACGAUACAGUCUGCCGACUUGAUUGUUGUUAUGGGACGAAACAUAGGCAAUGUGAUAGAGCAAGGCACGCAUCACGGACUGUUGAAGAAGAAGGGAGCGUAUUUCCGACUUUACAACCAGUUAGCAAUGGAUAGUGAUAUGUUGUAA